AUGCAUGAUCUUAUUCAUGAUCUUGCUAUAUCAGUUGCUGGUAAUGAAUUCCUCGCUGCAGGGAAGACUGAACAACAAGGGACCUUGGAACAGAGCCACUCCUUGCCAAAAGUGUGUGAUUUCUUCACAACAACUAGACAUGCUGUGGUUGAUUGCAAUUCUUCGUCCAGCCUGAUUCAUAAAGCCUUGUACAGAGCAAAGGGAUUGCGUACCCACAAUUGGUUGUCUCUAGGAGAUGCAUCGGAGAAAGCCAUCAGGAAUUUAAUUUCAAGCUUCAAGUACCUCAGAAUUUUGAAUUUGAGUGGGUUUGGCAUAAAACAUUUGCACAAAUCCGUUGUUACCCAAAAAGACGAGAAUAAUGGCCAGCCUGAGACAUCUGAAGAUAAAAACUGUGCAAGACUUGCUCGCUUGCCAGGUUUUAUUGGGAGAUUGAGAAAUCUUCAGAGCUUGCCUUUAUUUAUAGCUGGCAAAACAUGGGAGGAAGGCAUAUUGCAGUUACUAGAGCUACAAAAUCUUCCAGGUGAACUGAAAAUUAAACACCUCGAGAAUGUAGAACGUCGCCGUGUUGCAAGAACAUAUUUAAUUUCAGAAGAUCUUCCUGGGAAUAGACGUGACUAUUGUUUGGAAAAUAUGCAACUUAACUCGUUGGGAUUGUCAUGGGGAGAUGCUGAUGAACAUAAGCUGAGUGUUAGCAUGAGGGGACCAAGAAGCCAAACUGGACAUCAUAGUGUUGAAACUGCAAGGAUUUUACUUGAUUCAACAUUGAAGCCAAACUCCAGGAUAAAGAAGUUGUUUGUGAAUGGCUAUCCAGGAACUGAGUUUCCAAAUUGGAUGAACGCAGCCGCCCUCUGCAAUCUGAUACAACUUGAGUUAGCCAACUGCACAAAUUGUGAAAGCCUCCCCACGCUUGGGGAAUUGCCGCUGCUGAAAGUUCUCCGUAUCCAAGGAAUGGAUUCUGUAGUGAACAUCGGCAAUGAGUUUUUUGGUGGCAUGAGAGCUUUUUCAUCAUUGACCGAGUUCUCUCUCAAAGAUUUUCCCAAGUUGGAAACCUGGAGCACCAAUCCGGUGGAAGCAUUCACUUGCUUGAACAAAUUAACUAUCAUCAACUGCCCAGUUUUGAUCUCCAUGCCAUGGUUUCCAUCUCUUCAACAUGUAGAGAUCAGAAACUGCCACCCAGUGAUGCUACGGUCAGUAGCACAGCUACGAUCAAUCUCCACUCUCAUUAUUGGCAAUUCUCCGGAGUUACUCUAUAUACCAAAAGCACUCAUAGAAAACAACUUGCUUCUCUCGUCUUUGACAAUUUCCUCCUGUCCCAAACUUCGUUCAUUGCCUGCAAAUGUUGGGAAACUCCAGAACUUGAAGUUUCUAAAAAUAGGCUGGUUUCAGGAGCUACACUCUUUGCCACAUGGUUUGACAAAUCUGACUUCUCUGGAGUCCUUGGAGAUUAUUGAGUGUCCUAAUUUAGUCUCCCUGCCAGAGCAAAGCCUAGAAGGAUUGAGUUCGCUGCGAUCACUCUCCAUUGAGAAUUGUCACAGCUUAACUUCUCUGCCGAGUCGGAUGCAACAUGCCACAGCCCUUGAACGCCUAACUAUUAUGUAUUGUUCAAAUCUGGUGUCUUUGCCAAAUGGCUUGCAACAUCUCUCUGCACUUAAAAGUCUAAGCAUUUUAAGCUGCACAGGGCUGGCAUCUCUGCCUGAGGGACUACACUUUAUUACAACAUUGCAAAACCUGGAAUUUCACGACUGUCCAGAAGUCAUGGAAUUACCAGCAUGGGUGGAGAACCUGGUUUCACUUCGAUCUUUGACAAUCUCAGAUUGCCAAAACAUCUGUCCUGAACUCGAAAAACGAUGUCAGAGAGGGAACGGAGUGGAUUGGCAAAAAAUAUCUCACACACCGUAUAUUUAUGUUGGAUCAUCAACAUUGCAGCAGAGACGUAACACUGCUAGCAGCUCUUCAACUUCAUAGGCACACCUCUUCCAGGUCCGAAACCAUUGAAAGGAUGCUCUUUAUCCAAAGCACCAAGAAUCCGUCCCACAAGGGGGUACUCUGCUCUGUCAUUUACUUGUAUUUGUAAAAUACAAAAUAAGGUACAUUUUUUCUAUUGAAUGUUGCUUGGAUUUGUUGCAAGUCAAAGGGUUCCAGUUAGUGCAUUUGUUCUUCAGAGAAUUCAGUACCUUGUUUUCUGCUAGUGUAACAUAUAUUUCAUGAAUAACUAGAGCACUCUGUCAUUACUGCC